AUGAACAAAUUGGUUUCUGAAAAUGGACAACAACUUUCAUCAAGUGGAAUCAAAAUGAUGGCAUCACAACAAGACACAGAACACGAUGACUUUCUGAAAAAUAAUAUGUUUUCUAACAUUGAUGAUUUGUUUGAACCUUUGGAGGAAAAAACAGUAGUUAUUGUUGGUACUGUUAAGGGAAUACGUCAAAACAUAUGUUGGUAUUACAUUGCUUGUAGCAACUGCAAAAAGUCACCAAAACAAAAAGAGUCUUCUACUGAUAAGGUUGAUGGUUCUCUUGAAGUGCCCGAAAUCGUUACUUAUGAAUGUGCUAAUCCUAAUUGCAAAAGUAUCAAAAUUUCGGUUAUUCCAAGGGACAAAUCAACUGCAACAAGUCCUACAAAAUUGAUUUCUACACCAACUGAGUGGAAAAGAAACCUUGCUACAUGCAUAGAUCUUGAUGAAAUGGAGAAUUUGUCAGCAUCUAAGUCUGCUUGA